GCCUUCUUUCCAAACAUUUUCAGAUUCGAGAUCAGCAGCAUUUCCGUGUUCUAUCACUAGUCUUCUGCAGCUCGAUCGUUUAGGAAAGGAAUCGAGAGGAAUUAUGGAAUCUAGCGAGAAGCUGGGAGAUGAAAAGCGCGAGUGCUUGUCAUCGCCGCCGCCGCAAGGAUCGAUCAUCGAAGCAGCAGCAGAAGCAGAAGCAGAAGCAGCGGAGAUGAACAAGUGCUGCUCCAUUUGCAAAACAACGAAGACGCCUUUGUGGAGGAGCGGUCCUUCAGGCCCCAAGACCUUGUGCAAUGCUUGCGGGAUUCGGUACAGGAAUAAGCGUCCGACUCCGAAGGGGAAAAGUACGAUUGGGAGUGGGAGAGGUAGGGAUUUGAAGGCGAGGGAAAGGUUGAGGCCGAUGAUGGCGGCAAAGGAGGAGGCUGCUGGGCAGGGAUCGUCUGCGACGCGGCUGCGCAGGAGUCGUGCUCCUGCCCAAUGGGGUGAGGUUGAGAGAGCUGCCCUGCUUUUGAUGGCUCUCUCCUAUGGUUGUGGUACACUCACUGCUAACUAAAUCCCAUUCCCAUUCCCAUCACCAGAUUCACCACUACUCAAUAUUGUUAUCAUUUAGGUCUCCCAACUAGAGUCAAGAUUCAAGAACCUUUGUUGUUGAUGAUGAUGAUGUAUAGGGUUAAGGGUAAGAUUAGGAUUCCUUUUUAUUUUUAUUUUUUGAAGGUAGGAAUAGGAGAGGAGGGUAGUGUAAAUAUUGGGGAAUGAUAUCCUUGUGGUUGACCUGUGAUGUUAUUAAUAAAAUGGGAUUGGGA